AUGAACCGUCAUAACACGCUGGACGCGUUCUUUCCUAUACCUCGCCGACACCCCGCCCAGGUCAGGGGUUCCCCCGUUUUUGGCGUCUACCAUGCGUUUAUUGAGUGGGAGGAGGCCCUUCUCUCUGAGGAUCAAGAGGGGUCUAAGGCUGCGGAGCCGUCGGGUUUCUCCGACGGUGGGGAUUGGCCUCAUUCCACGUGCGUGGCCCGCCUUCUGGACAAGGUACACUCCCCACCUUGCGUGGCGGCGGUUCCCUUGGAAGUCAUUCUGAAACCUAUUCCAUUGAAUCCACUCCUAUCGGUCUACACCGAUUUGCACCCAUUAGCAUCAUCCCUUGCGGCGGACUCUCUGGAGGAAAAGGAAAGUAACGGGGAGAAGGGCAAGAAAGACGGCCCCAUGGGUGCGAGUUUGGAUCCCAUGCAGCUCAAUUCUGAGAAUUUGUGGAAGCUGCUAAGUUUUAGUCCGAAAUCAGGGCUAACGGACGCCAAGCUGAUUUCCCGUCACCGGGAUGCGCGGCGAAAGCUUUGGGAAGAGGAGACCUCCGCGAGGAAUGAUCUGCUAUACCAAGAAACCUCGGCGUAUCGUCUUAUUAGCGAGUUAGCCAGUGACUCGAUGUGGUGUAUUUUAUCUUUGCACUCCCUCCAGGGCGAGUUCAUUCAGGACAAGGGGCUGACGGGCUUGAAGAGCCGUCGCCGCCAUUAUCCGUUGGAUUCGCUCCCCCUUGCCAACCGAACCACCCCCGCGGAUACCCAGCGACUUCACAUUGUAGCAAACCGAACAGUUACACUUGGAUUUUUGUUCGCGAAUAAAAGUAUUAGUGAACAGAAUCCGAAGAUCAGUUUUGAGGUGAAAAAUAAUAAAAAAGUAAGGCUUGAUGAUGUUCGCAAGUUUCAUUCUAAGAAUCAAUCUGAGGCCAUCCGACGCAAAGGGGAGGCUGACGUUGGAACGCAAUCUAGGGGAUUUCGGUUGUUUGGGGCGCCCACACCGCCUAAUACGUGUUCGCUUCCAGAGGAGUUACCCCUUGCGCGAUCUCACGAUCCUGAUUGUGUAGAGAACCUUCCUGAUGAGGUUUACGAAGAAUUCUUGGAGAGGUAUACCGAAGGCCGCCAUGAAAUCAUAUCCUUAGAGCGCAAGGCGUACCGUGAUUUAAUGCGUCUGAUUUUUGAAGUGCAAUCAAAACAGAGGCGAUUGGAUGAGCUGGCGUUGAAGCGUGCCUAUGCGGAGGAGAUUAAAGCUUCAGAUGCUCUUGAUCUCAAUCAUUAUGCGGUUUAUUACUAG